AUAAAAAAAAAGUGAAUUUAUUUUCGGGACUGUGAGCUAAAGAUGUUAGACUAAUAUACUUUUUUUGGGUUAAACAAUUGUAAGCUGCGAAAUCUCAUGAGUGUAGACCAUUUGCCACAAGCAAUACGAUCUGAAAAGAAUACAUUUCAUUUCGGGCGUGUUUGCGCUGUGUGGAAGUGUGCGAGUGUUUUGGAAACAUCAGCGAACCAGCGAGUGGGAGGAGGCAGUGCAGAUCCGUUCUCUCGUAUUCAAUUUUAAACCUUCAUUGCCGGCGAAAGAAUACAAUCCUAAAUGAGAAGCAAAAUGUUUAUUUAUGAGAGAGUAACGUUAAUAACAAUAUUUUUGAUAUUAUAUUCUUAACGCUUGCAGCAUGGCUUGACGACGAUGUGUUUGGAGGAUUGACGGUGCUUGAUUUUAGGCCUGUCUUUCAAUCUGGAAAUUUCUUGUCCAGGGAAGCAGUAGCUCUAGCUAACGUUUUGCAGUCUAUUAAACCCGCUAGCCACAGGAGCUCACAUAGCCAACGUUAGCAUUUUCGCUGCAUCCGCUCACCACAACGAUGCGGACACCAUCUGUGAUUCUCGGAUACCCGAAGUAAAUCCAGCUUUCAGCAUUUCAAUAGACGCUAUCUGAAACGAGAUCGUGUAUGGGAUUGUUUGCUAGCAAGCUAGCUAUCUCGCCUUAACCCGUGGAUCUACGCAAAUAUGAUGAAUUGGAGGCGACUGCUGCGGAUGUCGAACCGCUCAUUCCUGGCCUUCAUCUUUUUCUUCUCUAUGUCUACAUCUUGCCUUUAUUUCAUUUAUGUUGCCCCUGGAAUAGCCAACACCUACUACUUCAUGGUCCAGGCCCAGGGCAUGAUGCUCCGGGACAACGUCAGAACCAUCGGCCACAUGAUCCGGCAGUACACCAACAAGAACAACACGCUCAACGGCACCGAUUACCCCGAUGGCAAUAACUCCAGCGAAUACAUCGUUCACCCCACCACGUAUCUCCCAGAGAACUUCACGAUUGCGCGUGACCUCCCGUGCCCAGAGAAACUACCUUCUAUGAAGGGUCAUAUCGACGUGAACAUGACUGAAAUCCCGAUGGAGGACCUUCAGCUCAGGUUCUCCAGACAUCUGAACAUCCAGUUCGGGGGUCACUGGAAGCCGAGUGCCUGUAGACCACGGUGGAAGGUGGCUGUUCUCAUUCCCUUUCGAAACCGCCAUGAGCACCUGCCGGUCCUGUUCCUGCACCUCGCCCCCAUGCUGCAGAGACAAGGCCUGCAGUUCGCCUUCUACGUCAUCGAGCAGACGGGCACCCAGCCCUUUAACCGAGCCAUGCUGUUCAACGUGGGCUUCAAGGAGGCCAUGAAGGACCUGGACUGGGACUGCCUGGUCUUCCACGACGUCGACCACAUCCCCGAGAACGACCGCAACUACUACGGCUGCGGUCAGAUGCCCCGCCACUUCGCUGCCAAGCUCGACAAGUACAUGUACAUUCUCCCGUACAGCGAGUUCUUCGGAGGCGUGAGCGGACUCACCGUGGAGCAGUUCCGGAAGAUCAAUGGAUUUCCCAAUGCAUUCUGGGGCUGGGGCGGGGAGGAUGACGACCUCUGGAACAGGGUGCACUACGCAGGGUUCAACGUGACCAGGCCAGAAGGGGACAUGGGGAAGUAUAAGUCCAUCCCGCACCACCAUCGAGGGGAGGUGCAGUUCCUGGGCAGGUACAAGCUGCUGAGGUAUUCUAAAGAGAGGCAGCACCUCGACGGCUUGAACAACUUGAACUACACUCCUGAGAUCACUUUGAGCAGCCUGUAUAAAAACAUCACAGUCAACCUGUCUCCAGACCUGGCGCCCGUGGAAGACUACUGAAUGCUCCGUCCGUGCGGGUGAAUGAACCUCAGCCCCUCGUCCGCUAACACCUUCUGAGGGAAGGCCUAACGUCGGCAUGAACUGGGACACGUGGGAGCGCUGCCAACUUACCAUGUCUUUCCAAAAGGAUUUUACUGGAGGAACUGGGAACUGUGUAAUUAAAAAUAAUCUGUGUGUGUGUGUGUGUGUAUGGUGUAUGUGUGUGUUGCAUGUUGAGUGUGUGUGCUGGCUUCGGCAACUAAUUCUACAUCAUAUUUCAAAGUCAAAGGGGUGAUGGCAUCAAGAACUAUGAUGGUCACAGCAAAACCUUAACAAAUGCAUUUAGGCUCGAUACUACAUUUUGUAACUUAUUGAAUUAUUUCAAAAUGUAUCAAAACUUCUGUUUGUAAAACGUUUCACAUUUACCUUAAAAUCCAUCUUGUCUUUGUCCUACCAUAAGGUUUCGACGCAUAUCUGCUUAUCCCCCCCCCCCCCCCCCAGGGCAAAGUUAAAAGGUCAAAAUUUGUACAGUGUAUGUCUGAUGUAAAUUUCCAAAAAAAGUUUUAUUUUUUAUGUUUUCAAAAUUAAGUUUCACAAGCACUCCUCUUGUACUGUAUGUAUGAUAAGCUUUUUCCAAUCGCUUGGCUGUAUCAUACUGUAUUGGUGAGACCAUUUGCAUGAAUGCAACAUGUAAAUAUUGGCUUUUAAAUUUGCCUAGCAUAUUAGAAUUAUGAAGUAUGUUCCACAAUAUCUUUUGUUUUCGCAGCUGUAUAUUUUGCCGCCCUUCCCCUGUUGGUGUAUGAAUGAUAAAAUUGUUACAGGCUUUCUGUAAAGUCUGGGAAGUCAAAUUCAUGAAUAUAAUGGUGGCAGAGCACUUGAAGGAAAUCACAGUUGCUCCUGCAUGCCUUAAUUUAUUUUAACAAGAAAAAAUAACCAACAAAAUCUGUUUUUGCAUGGGAUUUUAAUUUUAUUUUUUGAAGAAGUGCACUGGGUAAAGAUCUACUGUUCAGAGGUGGGCAUGCUAGGUAUGGCUGUGAUUUAUUUUUAUUUUUUAUUUUUUUAUUUUUUUCCUUGCACAACUGUGCCAGUGCUGCUAAAUGCCAGAACGUUUCUGACAUCGAUAUCACAGGUUAUAUUGUAAGUUUUGGUUCUGUUUGUAACUAAUUUGCUUAAGAACUUAAGUGUGCGCCAGAUCAUUUUAAAAAAACUGGCUAAAUGAUAGAGCAACCGGUUUUGUUCUUGAACAGCGUGGGAAAAACUAUCCUGGGUCAUGAAGACUUUAUUUCAAAGUUUUGAGCACCAAAAAGUUUAGGAAAAGUCUGCAUUGUACUUGUCGUCAUGUUGGUGGUGUUCAUAUUUGUAUUUAUUUUUUUUACAUUUUUGUGAUUGUUGUGCUUGUUCAUUUGCCGGUGUAUAUGUUUAAAGCCUUCUCUGAAUAGAACCGCAGUGCUUGGUUGCUCGGUGGUCUCGAUUGCUGUCGCAGCAGAACCCUAACCUAACCACUGACCUCCAGUUAUGAGUGAGCGGUACGGUUAACUGUUUUUUGGACUGUCCUGGGCAGCGAGACAAACAAACAAACAAACAAACAAACAAAACAAUAACCUGCCCCCAGUGUGGAGCGUUAUUUCAGAUAAACUGUGAGUUGAGUCUUUAUUUGAUUUCCCCCCUUCAUUUCUGUUAUGCAAGCCUGGAUGUACAUAUAUGCCCAUAAAACUGAAGGAAAAGAAAAUGCAUCCUAGCAACGGUAGCAGUGCCAAAAAUCCAUGUACUUAUUUCCAAAUUU